CCAGGGUCUGCCGAUUUUCGGGUCUGCCCAGCGGUACGGUAAGUGCGCAUGCAAUCCGCCCGAAUUCGCCUCAAAGCCUGCCGCAAACGUACCGCCCGCUAUUUGAUCUGCCCCGCUGCCCGCUCGCGAGAGUGCGAGCUCGUCGCUGCUGGAGUUGCUUCCGCGCGCGCACAUUUGAUCGCAACCAUGUACGCCGCCCGCCCGACUCCGACUCCGAGCAUGUACCACGCCCCGCACGCCGUCCCCAUCGCCGGUAGCACAGGUCCGUUGUACGCCCUGCAAGCACCAGGACCUGCACAGCGCACAGCGAGCGAUCGUCGACCAGGAAAUACAAAUGGCACCGGCGUGGAUGGAAUCCAACGGUGCGUCGCGAAGCGUUCUGGCUGCGUUGCGGAGCAGGAGAUCGCUCACCCGCCUGAUACGGCAUCUAGCUGGCCCAUCGCGAGCGGCGACGCGGGCCAUGGGCCAGUGCCUGUGACGAGCUACCCCGCACCAUACACGAUGUAUCAUCACGGCACCCAGCACGAGCACUCAACGAUGGCGCCGGGCGGGCAGGUGCACUCGAUGGCUUCCCAUGCUUACGCCACGCCGCAUGGCGAUCAUAUUGAGUCAGUGCCUACCAACGUCAAGCAGGAGAUCAAAGAGAAAGACAUGGACUGGCGGAGCUCGACCAGUGAGCGGCCCGUCUUUCGCGCACCACUAACUCCGGAGUACAACGAAGACAACAGCCACCCGUUGAGUACAUACGGGCCAUCUAGCCAGGAGGCGGAUGCCGUACCGUUUGUCAAGACCGAGCCUGCAUACGACUCCUAUUCCUCUUAUCAGGGCGCCGGCGCGUCCGGUGGUUGUGACUACACUGACGAUAACCUCGGGCUUAACGAGGAUGAGUACGAGUAUGUUCCCAGUGACACGGCUAUCGGCUUUGCACCUACUCCGUACAUGGCUGAGGACGGAUCGCAUGUACGUACGCAGCCGUAUGCGUACUACGCUUCGCCCCCGCAGUCGCCCGACGAGGACCCGUACGAGCAAGACUACUACGUAGCCACGCCGCCCAGGCCGAUCCACAACAAUCGCUCCUACACACUCGAGAACGCCAUGACACCGGUUACUCCCGUCACGAAGUCUCCUGAGCCACCCGCGCCAACGGUCCCCUCGCACCGAGGCCGCCCCAUCAUGGACCACCUCCCCUUCCCGGGAGACGUUGGUGCGAACCCAAUUCAGACUCCUGCCAGUCAGACUGUCCAAGCUGUGACUGCAACACCGAGCGUGCAGCCUGCCAACUCCAUGUCGCAGAAAGCCGGCGGUGCUCCGAAAGUCUCGAGCUCACACGGACAGCCGAUCCGACGCGGGCGCGGCCGCCCCAAGAAGCACCCUCUGCCCAGUCGCUCCUCCCCGCCUCCGCCGGUCAACUACCCUUACCCCUCGCUUGACGCGCCCGUGCAGCCCCUGCCCGCCCCCGGGUACGACGUUCGACCGCAGCGGCGCUGGAUGGACUCGCUCACACCGCCCGAACUUUCGGACGCGCCCGCCAACGCACAGCCGCAGAUGUCGCUCGACGAGAUCCUGUUCCCGGAAGGCGCGGAGCACCCGGGCCAGCAAAUGUUCAGGCUCACGUCGCCCGGCACUACGAAAGAUCCCGUCAAGAAGAAGCCCAUCUUGGCCUGCUUGUUCUGCCGCGUACGCAAGAUCGGGUGCGGGCCCCGGCCUGUCACGGGUGCUGCGGAGCAGCGAUGCAACCAAUGUGCGCGUCGCGACUUCGUGUGCGAAUAUCCGAAGGAGUCGCGUCGAGGCUUGCACAAGCGCUUUCCGCGCGCCACCAAGGCGAAGGAGCAAACCGAGGGCGCGGAAGGAGACACAGCGAGCUCGGGGUCUGGCGUGGACGCAGACGUCCAGAUGGGCGAGGCGGAUGCACCUCUCCUGCCGUCGCCACCUGUGAGACCACCCACUGCCAACGAGCGCCGACGCUCUGGGAAGGGCCGCCAGCGCUCGAACACUGUGGGUGUGGCCAGGGACCAGAGGAAGGCGGCCCAGCGCAGGGCGGGUGCUUCUAAUUUGUGACUGAUCGCGGCGGUCCUCGGGCUCUCUCGUACCUUGACGGCCAUGUACAGGGUACAUGUAACAUCCGUACGCACGCGAGAUGCUUCCUGUCGUCUGGUGCUUCGGUGGCUUACGUCUUGUCUUCGUUUCUCGUACAUACAUGAUCACGGUCUGUCUGUCCUAUCUCGUCGCUUUCAUUGCUAUUCCCCUGUCGUCGCUUUCA